UCGCCGCCGCCAACGGUUAGUACCGCGCGACUACCGAACCGGGCCGGCAGCAUGCGCAGUGCGACCGUUGCUGACGAUCACGUGUCAGGUGUGGUGCGUACCCGUGUUCAUCAGUAAUAUACCGUUGCGUUGCGUCAGCGCUAAUCCUCCUGCGCGCAGGAUACGUCUAGGACGCGUCGUCAGUUGCAGUGCGAACUAUCGUCCGGCUAAUUGUUCGCGAGACCACCAAUCGCAUCCCGUCUCCGCCACAGGCAUAAAACGCUCUGCAUUCACGAUGAACACGGAGAAACGCAGCCUGUCCGGCAGCCGGAAGACCAAAUUGAGGUACACGAUCCGAGGAGGAUUCGACUUCGACACGAUGGGCCACACGAGGUACCACGAGCUGCGCAAAUUCGUGAAGAAGGGUAAUGACUUCUGCAAAGAGCUCGGAAACAUUAUGCAAGAAAGAGCGGAACUCGAGUUGAAUUACGCGAAAACAAUGUCCAAGCUGUCGGCGAAACUGAUGAAAGCCGCAAAGAAAGGCAUCGGUUCCAUACAAAACGCUUGGUUGAUGAUCAGCAAAGAGAUGGAGGCCGAAGGACAAGCGCACCGGUGUAUCGCCAAUUCGCUGGAAGAUGACAUCGUGAAACCGUUGAAGAAUUUGCAAGAGACUCAUUGCCGGAUCAAAAAGACGGUCGAAUACAAUGUCAGCAAGACCAAAAAAUGCAUGAACAAAUGGAGAACCGACGAGCGGAGGAGUAAAAAGGAAAGUUUUGCCGUGGCUAGGGAAAACGAAAAAGUUCAAGACAUGACAACUGAUGCUUCGUAUUCGAUCCUCACAAGCAACGGGAAUCUGGCCAAAGACGCUACAAAAUUGGAGAACAAGAAGAAAAAACUGGAAGAGUCCGUGAAAAAGAGCUACACGGAGUAUUACACGUACUGCGUGCGGACAGCCAGAGCCAAGCUUGAAUGGGAAAUGUCCAUAAACAACGGCGAAAAAAACUUUUUGACCCUGGAGGAAGAACGCUUGUUGAGGUUGAAAGAAUAUGCCCAACACGUAUUGCAGUCUUAUCAAAAGUUCGCUCCGAAAAUUUCACAGAUAUCGUCGCGACUUAGUGAGCCUAUAUAUGAUUGCGACGUUUCGAAAGACUUUGCCAUCAUCACGGACACCGCGAACAGAUACGACGAAGAUCUGAGUCUCCAAGUGCUGCCUGAUUUCUAUCCCGAACACACGAAUCUGGCUAUGAACAAAAAGCGAAGGAUAUUGGCAUUGACGAAAAUACUACAGCUCGUCCGGCAGGACUUGGACCGGGAGCGACGCAGCAAAAAAGGACUGGACACGUUGGCGAACGCGAUGCACCACUCGGCCGGUCUGAAACACGACGACGACUCGCAGAAAAACGUCUACGAAAAACUGCAUCACACGAACCUGAUGAUACUGUACUUGGAGGCAGUCAAUUACAAAGUGGUCACGGCUCUGGAGACGUUGGAAGGUCACCCGCCCACCGUGUCCAACACGUUCGCGCAGCACAUCGAGACGACCCGGGACAAAAACGGUCAUCAGAUGUCCGUUCUCAAAAUGCCCGCGUCGGUGUGCCAGAAACUGACGACCACGCCGUCGGCGGUGACCACCGUUGCCGCGCACGAGUCCAUGUGGUCGGAUCGCGGAUCCGCGGACGGAACGGAUAUCGAUGAUUUCUCGAGCGACGAAGAUGAUGGCGCCGACGAGGAAAACGUCGACGGUCCGCGUUGCAAGGCUCUUUACCAUUAUUCGGCGAAACUCAACGACGAGCUAAGCUUAGAACCAGGCGAUGUCAUACACGUCCAUAGCAAGAAGUCCGACGGCUGGUGGUUAGGAGAGCUGAAGGGCGUUACCGGAGUGUUUCCAGCUACAUACGUCGUAGAGAUAGACUGAAAUAUAUAUAUGUAUAUGUGUGUUUUAAACGUGUACAUAGUGUAAUUAUAAGUUUACCAAAGAUUAUUAAAUUCUAACAAAUCACACGCAGUUUAUAACAUAUUACAUGUACAAUUUUUCUUUUUAACGUUAAAAUUAUCAUAAGUACAUGCGUUAAUCGUAAUAGUUAUCGUUACAAAAAUAAAACAUUUUCUUAAUUUUUUAUUUUUA